AUGACUGAAGGUACAAAAUCUUUGGCAAUGAUCUUGAAAGAACAACCUUUCCUGUAUGAUCUACAUACCCAUUUACUUGGUAUGGGUAAUUCUGGCUUUUGGAUUGAUACUAUUUUGAUGGAUGAAUCCAUUAUGCCAAGACAUUCAAAGGACUUCGUUGAAGCUUUAUGUCCACUCAUUUGGUUUGGUAAAGGCUUUAUAAAUGGGAAGAUCGCUGCAAAAUUUUUCCGAACACUUAUGGAGACGUCACUUGAUGAAGAAAGGGACGGGAAAACUACUCUACUAACUCUUGAACAAUUACGAACAAAAAUAACAGACCAAUUAAAACAAGAGGGUUGUCCUGAAGUGCCAGUCGAACUUAUAGAUGAAGAACUGUAUCACAAAAUAAUUCAUUAUCAGCUGACAUUUAAACAUGAUUUCUCAUGUGACGUUAUCUUGGAAUUAUCUGAUUUGGCGAAAGGUCUAAACAUCAAGGAUUCAUCGUGUCAAGGAUUUGUCGAACUGGCUAUCAGUGAAAAGCUAGGCGGCCAUCUGGCAAAUCGGAAAAUCCAUUUUAAACAUUGGAUUAUUUUUAAUGCUAGAAAACAAAAAUUCGAUGUAGUUUAUGGCAUCGAAGUUGCACAGUUACGAAAUCUGCUUAGUACUNGUGACGUUAUCUUGGAAUUAUCUGAUUUGGCGAAAGGUCUAAACAUCAAGGAUUCAUCGUGUCAAGGAUUUGUCGAAUUGGCUAUCAGUGAAAAGCUAGGCGGCCAUCUGGCAAAUCGGAAAAUCCAUUUUAAACAUUGGAUUAUUUUUAAUGCUAGAAAACAAAAAUUCGAUGUAGUUUAUGGCAUCGAAGUUGCACAGUUACGAAAUCUGCUUAGUACUGAGUCGACGACGUCAUCAGUUGAAGCAGCGAAAUUAGCACGUGGCCAUCUUGUCAACGCCUUUUCAAUGUGCGAUGCUUCAGGAACACCUGCUCGUCCUAUUGACUUUCAUAGUUUUCACGGUUCUUUCACGCCUGAUUUUUAUCCACGCCGAUUUGCUCUUAAGGAUUCGAUUUAUUCGCAAAGACUAGAUAUUCUAGCCACGCUUCUUGCGCACAUUAUCGAACGUUACCAGACUUGCUUACCUCCCGUUCGAUAUUGUGAGAUAUCAGUCAGCGUCAAUGACCUUUGCUGUCCAUGGGUGUUUGAUGUACUUCGCAGUGUUCAAGUUUAUGGCCUCCAGAAAAUUAAGGAUAUCAACAAGAAUUCAUCAUCAUCUGUCUAUGAAGCACAAGAUGAAUGCAGUUCUUUUUCACAACUCGUUCUUAACGGCUAUUUCCCUCAUCUUCAAGUUGCUUUCAAAGGACGCAUUAAGCCGAAUGGUGAAAGCACAACCUCUACUACACCCACUGUUACUUAUAAGUUUCUGGCUGGUUUCAAUCGGCAAAACAUCAAAGAGCCUUUUCCACUUGAUCAAGAUAAAGCGCUUCAAUUCUUAUAUAUUAAGCCACACGAAGCAAUAAUGUUAAUGAACGAAAAAAUUGAAGAGAGUCGUAGUAUGUUGACAGAAACAGAGCCGCGUAAACUUAGCAAAUGCGAAGAAAACCUAGCUUUUGGUCCAUGUCUGAAACAGUUAGAAAAAUUAAAAGACGUCAGCGAAACUACACCUUGUUUUUCCCAGUGGGUCGUUGGACUCGACCUUUUUGGUGAUGAACUCGGAUUUCCUUACUGUCCGUUUAUUGCGCGUCCAUUCAUCAAGUUUAUUAAAGAUCAAAGGGCUAAAAACUCUUAUUUCGGCGUUCGUAUUCAUUGCGGUGAAAAUGUGAAAUAUAUUGAUGAUGAGAGUCCGGCUUACCGACUGUUCGUGGCACAUAUGUAUAUUGUCUUUCGUUGUUUACAUUUUCUUCAACAAGAACUUAAGCGUGGUAUUCGAAUUGGUCAUGGUAUCGCGUUUAAUAAAAUUUUGGCUGAACCUACGAGGUCGUGUAGAGUUCGUAAAUCAUCUGUACUCGUGGCACAAAUGCGUCAUCUUGCGGGUGAUUUAUUGAAAAACAUUGCUUUCGAAGUGAAUAUUACUAGUAAUAGAUAUUUACUUGGGCCAACAAUACGCUCAGAAGAUGAUUCAAAGAUGUUAUGCCUUAAAAGAUUGUUUGACAAUAAGAUACCGAUCGUUCUCGGAACUGAUGAUGAUGGAAUUUGGCCUAUCGAUCAAUGUUCAUCCGUGCAUCCUGGCCAUCAUUCAUUAGCUGCCGAAUACUGCCACGCAAUUUCAAGCAAAAUAAUUAAUUCAAAGGAGCAUCUCGAGUGUAUUUUUGCAGCGAUGAAAAAGUAUUGUUUUUGGAAUGUAAACAACUCAAACUUAGAUCCACCAUUAGAAAAUGUGGAUUUAAAAGAAACGUAUUCAACUGGAUAUGUUAUUGUUCAUCCAGACGUCGAACAAUUACUCCGCGAUCAAAAUACAAUUGUACCUACUGGUGAAAAUACGAAUGAAGAUGAAGACAAUACUCCUACCCAGGAAAGUACUGCCAACUGGACUACAGACGUUAUGGCGCACAUAGCAUUUGUUUGUCAGACCGUUACUCACGAAGAGUGGGACAAGGAAAAACUUUAUAAAGAUUAUAGUACGAAAUUCGGAAAUUUAAAUGAAGAGUCGAAGGCAAAAAAUGAGGAAUCAAAAAAGAAAUUCGAUUUUAUUUAUGGUAACUGGAAAAGUAUUUUAUCUACUUUUGUCCUUUGUAAGAAUGAUACAAAAGCUAAUGAAGCUCUUAAACACGAAAUUAAAUUAGAAUUUGGCCGUACUGUAAUUUACUCGAUGGACUCACGGUCCACGGAUCCAAGAGCCAUUUAUGACCACAUAUCCAAGUUAAAAGACUCAAUUGAUAUUCGUGCCUAUGCAGUCAAUGUGAAUGGUGAAGAAGUGGCGAAGGCCUUGAAAGCAUCGGGUAAUACUAAUAAUAAAGACUCCACGGAGCGCACUUUAGUGUUGUAUACAAACACUAAUAAGUACACAUAUGCGUUCGCAUAUAGCCCGACUGGCCAGUGCAAUCUUCGAGUGAAUCCAAGUCCUAAAGUGCGUGGGGAUAGCGAUCAACAUUUCUUGUAUGUUCUAUGUCCUCAUGCCAGCGCCGCUACAGCUGCUGUUCAUGAAAUAUAUCGGCAACUAUUGAAAUUUAAAUCAAGCCCAUGUAUGGCUGAAACUGAGCAAACUGUUAUUGCUUCUAUUGCAAGUGGUGCAACAAUACCUGCUCACAAUAUCCUGCAACAACCUACUAAUGACUCAAAUCAGUCGGAUACUAAUCCGUCUAUUGGUACUGCUCCGGUUGCUUCGAUUCUUAAGCGACCACGUUCGGAUGAUGACGAUGAUACACAUUAA